UUCAAUUACAUAAUUUAACAUUGCAAAAUAAAUCCCUAAACCCUAAUUACUAAUUCUCAUCUUCAUCAUCUGGAUCAACUCCUGUAAAAGUCCAAGCCAGUUCUUGACGAAGCUUAGCCUCUUCCUGCGUAUAAUCAUUCUCAAUUCCAAAAUACCUUCUGACAUAUUCCACACUCUUGUUCGCAAUUCGAUCAGCAAUGACCUGGCUCAGAAACUCCAGAAGCUUCUUGAUGUUCAAGUAAUUUGCAGCAAGGAAAAGCUCUUUCACCUCUUCAUUAUUCAGCUUCUUCACGGACUCGCCUUCGAACUCCUUUGUGACCUUUCCGGCGAGGCUCUUCUCGCAGUAUUCGAUUAUGUGAAUGUUUCGAAGGAAAUUGAGCAAACAAAAAUGCCCAAAUGUACACUGCUUUAUUCAAAGCGUCACUGCCACCGAUUUCCACUCUCACCACUCUCCGCUACGCCAUGGCCGUAUCAAUGCAACUGAACUUCAACUAACACAGUAGUAACAUGUACUUGGAACUCUAAUAACACGAUGAUGCAUCUCAGGAAGGUGCAAACCAACACCCUUUUAUUCCUCUUCUCAUCAACCAGACUCAAAACCUUCUACCCUACACCCAUCACCAAAUUCUCCUCCCAACUCCAUAAAGACUCGAUUUUGAUCCCAUCCACCAAGACCCAUCUCUAUGUUUCAUUCUUCUGCACCGUCGUUCGUCUCUACUUGAAAUGUGGCAGGUUAUGCUCCGCCUCUGAUACUUUCUAUCGCAUGCGGGACCUUGGUCUUGUUCCAUCUUUGCCUUUCUGGAAUAAGCUUUUGUAUGAGUUCAAUGCCUCUGGUUAUGUUUCUCAGGUGAAAGUUGUUUAUUCCGAUAUGUUGCUUUGUGGGGUUGUGCCUGAUGUUUUUAGUGUCAAUGUUUUGGUUCAUUCGUUGUGUAAAGCUGGUGACUUGGAUUUGGCUUUAGGGUAUCUUAGGAAUGAUGGUAUUAAUAUUGAUAAUGUUACUUAUAAUACUGUUGUUUGGGGGUUCUGUGAGAAAGGGUUGGUUGAUCAGGGUUUCGGUUUGUUGUCUGAAAUGGUUAAAAGGGGUUUUGGUUUAGGUGUUGAUUCGUUCACUUGUAAUAUACUAGUUAAGGGUUAUUGCAGAGUUGGAUUGGUUCAAUAUGCUGAAUGGGUUAUGUACAACUUGGUUGAUGGCGGGGUUUCAAAAGAUGUUAUUGGUUUCAACACUUUGAUUGACGGGUAUUGUGAAGCUGGGUUGAUGAGUCGGGCGAUGGAUUUGGUGGAGAAUAGUUGGAGGAGUGAUGUCAAGAUUGAUAUUGUUACUUAUAAUACUUUGCUCAAAGCGUUUUGUAAAACGGGUGAUCUUACUAAGGCUGUGUCUCUUUUCAAUGAGAUUUUGGGAUUUCGGAAAGAGGAAGAUCAGUUGAGAAAUAAUGAUGUUCUAACUCGAAACGAGAUAGGAUGGUUGCAGCCAACGGUUGUCACUUACACAACACUAAUUUCUGCGUACUGUAAGUAUUUUGGAGUUGAAGAAUCGCUUUCUCUGUAUGAGCAAAUGAUUAUGAAUGGAAUCAUGCCGGAUGUGGUUACUUGUAGUUCUAUUCUUUAUGGACUCUGCAAGCAUGGUAAAUUAACCGAGGCGACAGUUUUGUUUAGAGAGAUGUAUGAAAUGGGUUUAGAUCCUAAUCAUGUGUCGUACUCUACAAUUAUUAAUUCAUUGUUCAAAUCAGAAAGGGUUAUGGAAGCUUUUAAUCUUCAAAGCCAAAUGGUUGUUCGGGGCAUUUCUUUUGAUAUAGUUAUGUGCACAGCUAUAAUGGAUGGACUUUUCAAAGUUGGGAAAUCUAAAGAAGCCGAGGAAAUGUUUGAUACUAUUCUAAAGCUGAAUCUUAUUCCAAACUGUGUCACUUAUUCGGCAUUGGUUGAUGGGUAUUGCAAGUUAGGAGAAAUGCAACUUGCAGAGUUGGUGUUACAAACAAUGGAGAAGGAACGUGUUCCUCCAAAUGUUGUUACCUUUUCUUCUAUUAUAAACGGAUAUGCUAAAAAAGGAAUGCUUAGUAAAGCAGUUGAUGUAUUAAGGGAGAUGGCCCAAAGGAAUAUUAUGCCAAAUACUAUUGUUUAUGCAAUUUUAAUCGAUGCCUAUCUUAGGGCAGGUGAGCAAGACGUUGCUGCUGGUUUCUAUAAGGAAAUGGAAUCACGUGGAUUGGAGAAAAGCAAUAUCGUAUUUGAUAUCUUAUUGAACAACUUGAAAAGAGUUGGGAGAAUGGACGAAGCUCAGUUGUUAGUUAAAGAUAUGCACUCCAAGGGUAUUGACCCAGAUAUCGUUAACUAUGCUUCCCUAAUAGAUGGCUACUUUAAAGAAGGGAAUGAGUCAGCUGCACUUUCUAUUGUCCAGGAAAUGACAGAGAAAAACACUCGGUUUGAUGUUGUUGCUUACAAUGCUUUGAUUAAGGGGCUUUUGAGGCUGGGGAAAUAUGAACCUCAGUAUGUUUGUUCAAGAAUGAUAGAAUUGGGCUUGGCUCCAGAUUGCGUUACUUAUAACACUAUAAUUAAUACAUACUGCAUAAAAGGUAACAUAGGAGAGGCUUUGGAUCUCUUGAAUGAGAUGAAGAGCUACGGGAUAAUGCCAAAUGAAAUCACUUAUAAUAUUCUGAUUGGUGGGCUUUGUAAAACCGGUGAAAUUGAAAAGGCAAUAGAUGUUUUAAAUGAAAUGUUGGUUAUGGGGUUUGUGCCUACACCAAUUACUCACAGGUUUCUUCUUAAAGCAUCUUCAAGGAGUAAAAAAGCAGACGUGAUUUUGCAAAUUCACAGGAAGCUUGUCGCCAUGGGCCUCGAACUAAACCAAACUGUGUAUAACACACUAAUCAUUGUAUUAUGCAGGUUAGGUAUGACUAAAAAGGCAAAAGUGGUCAUUGAUGAAAUGGCAAAAAAUGGAAUUUCAGCUGAUUGUGUUACUUACAAUGCCCUUAUUCGUGGUUACUGCACAAGUAGUCAUGUGGAGAAAGCAUUUGAUACUUAUUCACAAAUGUCGGUUGAUGGAAUUGCUCCGAAUAUUACUACUUACAAUACCCUUUUAGGAGGUCUUUCAAAUGCUGGUUUGAUGAGAGAGACAUAUAAAUUAGUUAGUGAAAUGAAGGAAAGUGGAUUUAUCCCAAAUGCCGCUACUUAUGACAUAUUGGUUUCUGGCCAUGGUAGAGUUGGAAAUAAACAAGAUUCUAUAAAACUUUAUUGCGAAAUGAUAACGAAAGGUUUUGUUCCCACUACAGGAACCUAUAAUGUGCUCAUUAGUGAUUAUGCUAAAGCAGGAAAAAUGCGGCAAGCUAGAGAACUUUUGAAUGAGAUGCUGACGAGAGGAAGAAUUCCUAACUCUUCAACAUAUGACAUUCUAAUCUGUGGAUGGUGCAAAUUAUCGUAUCAGCCAGAGAUUGACCGGGCACUUAAACUGUCAUAUCGAAAUGAGGCGAAAAAUUUGCUGAGAGAAAUGUGUGAAAAAGGACAUGCGCCAUCUGACAGCACCCUCUUAUUUAUCAGUUCCAAUUUCUGUAUACCAGGAAAAGAGGCUGAUGCUAGAAGGUUGUUGAAGGUAUUUUCCCAAAAGAAGAAUGUGUGACAGAUGAAGUGAAAUGGUAGCUACAAUCAACCCUAAACCAUACCCGGACCAAGUGUGGUGAGGAUCUUGUGAGAUGAUCGCACAAGAAUAAACCACAAACAUUCUCCACUUGUCACUUCAUGUUUGAUAGAUUCUCUGCAGUUUCCUCCCCAAACAUUCUCUUCUCAAUGUUUUCAUGUACUGAUGUUUGGCAUUCCAAUUUUUGUCUUUUCUGCUUCGUUGCAAUCUUCUUUGCAAUCAUUCCAGGGUAUACUACCUGAGAUUGAUGCAAGGACCUUAAAGUUUUUGGUUUCAAUUAGUUCUAUCUACAAAAGUACAGUAGACAAAAAAAUAAAGGACCAUUCUCUUUGGCUUUUUGGUGAAAUUCUAGUGAUCAUUUCAUAUCUGAAACAUCUGUACACGUUGAAUGAUAUUGAACAAACCAUAGUGGAGAUUGAAAAUAUCUUUAUCACGAAGCCUCCAGUCCUUCUGUACAAAUGUAAACCGCAGUUGGCUCGCUUCCUCACGGGACUUGUUGACAUGGAGUUUUUAGAAAGUGAUGCCUCUGAUGCAAAAAGCCGCGGUGCAUGGAAAUUAUUUCAAUUGAUCUUGACAGAUCGGCACUGGGCAUUCACUCACUUGGCAAUAACCGCAUUUGGACAUUUUGCUGCUAACACAAAUUGCACUCAGCUAUGGAGAUUUCUUCCACCGAAUGCAACACUUUCAUAUGAUAUAGUUUCAGGAUUAGAGGUAACUAAUGAGGGAUUUAUGGCUGUGCUUAAAGCAUUUUAUAGUAAGCAAAUUGCUCUUCUGACAAUCGCACCAAGUCCUGAACAGCUUGAGCUGCUACAAAGAGAAGGUCUUAUACUAAAGCAGAUGGUUCAUAACAUUUCAGUCAGUGCUGUACAGAGAGAGGGAUGUGAGGGCAUGGAAAUUGAUGACAAGAACCAAUCAAAUAGCAUGGAAGUUGACGACAAAAACCAAUCAAAUAAAAAAAGGAAACUUCCAGAUGGAAUUAGCAAAGGAGUGGAAUUGCUGAAAAGUGGUUUGAAAAUUAUUAGUGACGGCCUUUCAGAGUGGCAACUUAAUCAAUUUGAAAGCAAUGAACUGCAUGUCAAAUAUUCCACCCAGUUUUCUCAACUUGAAGAUGCAAUUAUGCACUUUGAGGAAUUGGCUGGGAGUGGUGAGUGCAUGAUGGAGGAUCUUGGUGUCAAUUAUCUAUCAGUGGUCUGAACUAAUGUCAUUGAACUGCAGAAUGAUUAUGCUUUAUUUCUAAACCUGUGAGUUUUAGCUUUUCAUUCCUUUGAGGGGCAGAAGGAAAAGAUUAGAAGACAUCUUUUGUUGAGAUUUCAGAGAAAAACACUCAAUUCUGAUAUGCACCAAUUUUCAUGUAUAUAUAUUAUAUCCAAUUAUUUGAUUAUCUUCUUGUAUCUACUUUGGCAUCUUGUAUAUUGUCCACCUUCUUAUAUAGUUUCUCUCAUUUGAUAUUUCUAGUCCCCCCC